AUGGCUUGGCGGAGCUACAGCACGCCUCUCAUCCCCUUCUGUCCCCCUCUUGCAGCACAACCUGUGUGCAAUCCUAUGCUCUUCCGCACCUACCCCGACUGGCGCCAGAGCUUCUACCAUGGCGGCCGUCACGGUGGCGGCUGGAGUUCAGACAAGAGCAUCACCGCCCUCCACGACCAGAAACUCGAGCAACUUGGAGACUUAGGCUGGUCCCUCGACUACGCCACCGCUUGGUGCUACAGACAUCUCGUGGGUCGUCAGCCAGAGGUAUCAGACGCCAUCGAUACGAUACGGGAGUUGUGCGAUGUCGUCACUCCAGACACGCCGUUCGAGAUCUUCGAUCAUCUGGAUACGGCUCUGUUCGGCAGCAAGCUCAGGACUAUGGUCUAUCUGCGCUGGAAACCGCACGCAAGCUGUAGUACAGGCACGACUUCUGGUCCGAACGUUGCUGGCGCGCCUCGCAUUACGAUCGAACUCAACAGUACCGCCUUCGAUGGGUUCGAUGCAGACAUUGACGAUUUGCUGGAAGCGCUCAUACAUCAGAUGAUCCAUGCCUUCUUCUUGGUUUGCUGCGGCGUGCAGAAGACGGGCGACAAACAAGAUGGUCGACUCAUGGAUGGUGUGCACUUCGGUGUCAUACUCCUGACUAUCAAAGACAUCUGCAAGCAAUGCGUCGACGGCCCUCUGAGAUUGGUAUUCCACGCUUCAAAACGAAAAGCCCUCGAAGGACCAAUACCAUCCAUGGACAGCGUCUGGCCAUACGCCUGGGACACCAUGCGAGGCGGCGACAGCGCUGCCCUCCAGCCAUACAUCCUGACUAGUGGAGUCGGUCCUGGUCCCGCUGACAGUCAGACUCACUGCCUUCACGACAACCGCCACGUCACAUUCCGCGAGAUCCAGAGCUGGCAGGUCCAAGUGUACGCCCGCGCUCUGGACGCAGACAUGGAGUCCAAGGGCGAGAAAGUGUGGGACUUCGACGAGAAGCACAAGCUUGUCGAGCAUGACCGCCGCUUCAUCACCAAGCCUUCGUCCACAUACAUAGAGCUCAUCUGGGAUGAGAAGCGUGUCAUGGCGAAUCGCGAGAAGGCGCUCGCUUUCAAGAGUCAGAAGGAUACGAUUGAAAAGGGAUCGAAGUAUGAGCUCACCAUUCCAGACUGUGAAGAGACCAUCUUCAAGUGCGUCUACGACUUCAUCAAUCGAAAAGCCUACGCCCGCGAAGAAGGCGAAGAGGAGAUGGCAAGGUCCCGCAACUUGGGACGUCGUCAGCUCGCGCCCGCCCUGGCGGGCUACCUCCGCCCUCACGUCCGCUCUGCCACCAUCGACAAACCGAGCAUCACGCUACACAUCCGCGUCUUCAAAACCGCACAGAAACUCAAGUUCGACGAGCUGCAGAGGUACGCUGUCCUCCGUCUCUACGAGCUGGAAACCACCGACGACGAACCCAUCGAACCCCUCCGCAUGAUCUACCUCUCCAGCAGCGGCGAAAGCGAAGGACCCAUCGACUCGGACCUGCAGAAAUGGUCACGUAGAUUCCUCUACAGAACCGACGAGCACAAGCUAGAGUACUACCCCCUCGGAUCCAGCUGGUGCAACAACGGCGUCGGCAUCAGUAAUCUCGUCAAGAUCAUUCAGUUGCAUAACGAUGGGUUCCAGGACCUCUACAGCAAAUCCCGCUCCUUCAGGGAGGAUGUCAAAGCCGCGGUGACCAAGAUCCUCUCCGGACAGUCGUCCGAGGGAAUGUGGGAUUCCUCGUUGACGCCGCUGCGAGGUAUGUCGUCGCUGUCGACCGACUCGCUCAUCUCCUCGCCAAUGCUGGGUGGGCGACUAGCCGGCGGCAUGGGUCUCGGAGCCAGGCCACUCCUGCCUUCACCACUCUCGAACCGGGUCACCGAGCGCGUGACGGAUACAAUCGACGACCAAAACGCUCUCCUCCCCGGCGUCGGUAUGGGCAUGGGCAUGGGAAUGGGUCUCAACAACAUCGGCCGAGGCAACGGACUCCUCGGAUUACCUCCACUACGACGAGCUUCAGCCGAUAUCCUCGGUGGGGAUCUCCUCGGCGUCCCACGCAUGGCACCCAUCUUCGACCACCUCCCUGCUCUCUAA